UUGUCUUUUUCAGAGUUACUUGCGAGCUUGGAUAAAUAGAUCGAUUCAAAACACCGAUUCUGGUUUUUAUUUUUGUUAAAAUCUCAUCGAAUGGACCGUCUAGCAUCUUUUGCAAAUGAUCCCUCUGAUAAACCACCAUGCAGAGGUUGUUCAUCGCAUCUAACUGAACCGUACAUCAAGUGUGCAGAAUGUGGACCUUCUUCUUUUUUACUUUGCCUCCAGUGUUUCACCAGAGGUUUUGAAUACAAGAAACAUCAGAGUGACCACAAAUAUGAAAUCAUGACAUCAGACUUCCCAGUGCUGGAGCCUGGAUGGACCGCACAAGAGGAGAUGGCGUUGCUGGAGGCAGUUAUGGACUGUGGGUUUGGGAACUGGCAGGAUGUGGCAUACCAGAUGCGCACCAAAACAAAGGAAGAAUGCGAGAGCCACUACAUGAAGAAUUUUAUUAAUAACCCACUCUUCUCCUCUACUUUGCUCGGCCUGCGGAAAACAAAAGACUCUCGCUUUGCAGAAGGAGCUAUUCCUUUUAAACCCUCUGAUGAUCCCCCUCGGCCCACAUUUGACUCUGUGCUAUCUCGAGACAUGGCAGGAUACAUGCCGGCUAGAGCAGACUUCAUGGAGGAGUUUGACAACUAUGCAGAAUGGGAUUUGAAAGACAUUGAUUUUGUGGACGAUGAUUCAGACAUCCUUCGUGCACUGAAACUUGCGGUUGUUGAUAUAUAUCAUUCAAGAUUAAAAGAAAGACAAAGAAGAAAGAAGAUCAUACGAGACCAUGGAUUGAUCAACCUGAGAAAAUUCCAGAUGCUGGAACGAUGCUACCCAAAGGAGGUGCAGGAGCUGUAUGACAUCAUGAGAAGAUUUGCUAGAGUGGUUGGACCGAUUGAACAUGACAAAUUCAUUGAAAGUCAUGCAUUGGAGUUUGAGUUGAGGAGAGAGAUCCGCAGGCUGCAGGAGUACAGGAAAGCAGGGAUCAAAUCUUUCUGCAGUGCCAAGGUGUAUGAGCGGGUGAAGCGGAUGCGUGAAGACGAACGCAGGAAGAGGACCAUGCUUUGUGACGUGCUGCAGUACAUCCAGGAUGGCAGAGCCUGUCAGCAGUGGCUCAGCAAACAGGCUGCAAUUGAUGCUGGCGUCACUCCAGCUGUCACAACAAUCACAGUGUCAGCUACAGGUAGACGCAGCGCCCCUCCUCUCAACUUGACCGGACUUCCGGGAACAGAGAAGCUCAACGACAGGGAGAAGGAGCUGUGUCAGGUGGUGCGGCUGGUGCCGGGGGCUUACCUGGAAUAUAAGCAAGCCUUAAUCAACGAGUGCAGGCGGCAGGGUGGGCUGCGGCUGGCCCAGGCUCGAGCCCUCAUCAAGAUCGAUGUCAACAAGACCCGAAAGAUCUACGAUUUCCUCAUCAAAGAGGGCUACAUCACGAAGGCGUAGGAGCGUCCAAGUUCAGCACAACGGGAUAGGUUGUGGUCAGUUGUGCUUUUUAAUGUAAUCUUGUAACAUUUGUCAGUGUUUUGUAAGAAGUUCAAGUUGUUGCUGCUUUUUAAAAGUGUUUGAACAUGUUUAUAGUCAUGUUGUGUCUCUUUUUUUGAACUGUAAAAUGAUUCUGUAUUACUUUGUAUGAUUUGUGUGGUUCUGUCAGAAAAAGAGGAGCUUAUAUUAAACUGAGGAUGUAUUUCUCCUGCCAUAAAUGUUAAUGAAAAAUA